AUGGCGGCAUCACAAAAGUCUUUUACUGGACAAUCACUUACUAUCGUGCGACAAUAUGCUCAAACGAACUUCCCACUUCUCCGUCCAACCAACAAGUUUGAGGAAGAAAGGCAUCUGUUGUACGCGCCCAAUCGCUUUUCCCCGGUGAGGAUCGGCGAGGUCUUCCGCUCCAGAUAUCAAGUCGUUGGAAAGUUGAGCUUUGGAAUGUUCUAA